ACACCCACGACGACAGCAUCUCACGUACAUUUUAUAUACACUUACACAUAUAAUAUAUAUAUAUGUAUAAAUAUAUAAAUAUAUAUGUAUGUAUAUAUGUAUAUGUAUGUGUGCAUAAGUAUAUGUCUUUAAAUCUCAUAUAUAGUAGUCAUAAUGCCCGCAGACGUGAAAGCCUACCUCAGCGCACGCACUGGUACCCAUGCCAACGCAGCGAUCUAUCAAGAGUUCGAAAACCUGUACGAGCGCAAACUAUGGCAUCAAUUGACCGUAUUGCUACUGGAUGUAACCACAUCUGAGGACAUAAAAUCUGAUCUUAUACCUACAUACAAUGACUUUAUCAAUGCAUUUGAAUUGGAUAUGAACCCACUAUCACUGGUAGUAAUAUUGCAGAGAGUUGCGGCACAUAAGGGCAGCGAUAAGGAGGCCGCCGAGUUCUUAGUGUCCAAGAAAGAAACUGUAAAGACACACAAAGACGCGUCGUUGUCUCUAAGUCUGGCUAUAGGGCAGUACCAUCUGAAACAAAGCGACCUGACUGCCGUGAAGGCGAUCUUGGAGGGGGCCAGGCCCGAGGUAGAGAAUAAUGAUAUGGUUCCCUUGGACAUCAGAGGAGAAUUCUACGCACUCUCCUCCGGAUACGAGAAGCAACGAGGCAACUUCACCAACUACUACCGAGAUGCCCUACGCCAGUUGGGCUGUGUGAGUGACACUGCCGCACCCACGACCCUCUCCCCCACGGAACAGCAGAAAGAGGCGACUGACUUGGCUGUGGCUGCAUUGUUGUCUGAUGAUAUCUACAACUUUGGUGAGCUUCUGGCACAUCCAAUUCUCACGCGUUUGGAAGGGACUAAUGACGAGUGGGUGCUGCAGCUGAUUAGAGCCUUCAACGCCGGAGAUGUGGACGCGUACGAGAAGCUCCAGCCACAGUGGAUGACGCACAGUGACUUGGUUGCCAAUCUCAUCACAGUGCGUGGCAAGAUGUCUCUAACAGCGUUGGUCAAUUUAAUCUUCAAGCGACCGGUGGAUGGCCGCGUGAUCGCCUUCAAAGACAUUGCCGCUGCUGCGAAGAUUAGUGACAAUGAGGUUGAACUUCUGAUCAUGGCCGCUAUAUCGCGCAAGUUAAUCGAGGCGACUAUCGAUGGAGUUGCAGAGACCACGAGCGUGUUCUGGGUGCACCCGCGUGUAUUGGAUAGGGUACAGAUCGGCACUAUGGCCACAAAACUAGAACAAUGGGCCAAAUCAGUGGAGGGUACCAUUGCCACCACGAGCGCUCUGGAUGCCGACGCCGUCUUCAGAGAAGAGUAGUGUAUAUAUAGACAAGUGGUGUACUUUAUAGAAGGAACAUUAUCUCAGUGUGACCUUACUGACGCGCGGGUAGUAUCCGAGUGAGUGGUCUGUUUGAAAUGAUAAUAAAGUGUCUCUAUGCAGGACAUCGACCACGC